UGUUAGCUAGUUCAGACUGCAGUAUAGCAAUAGUUUGAAAACUGAAAAGUAUAACAUGAUCUGUUUCAUCCUGAGACUAUUGGUUGAGCAUCUCUGAGCGUGCCCAUAGAGAAUACCAGGUCACCAAGUCAAAUGGUGCCUCUGCCUACUUUUUGAGAAACUUUCCGUGUUUCUUCAGUCAGCAUAAUUUUCUGGUCAACGAAAAGCCACCCUUGGAUUGAAUGCUAUGGAAACAUGAUCAUAAUUUCUGGGUUUCUGUUUUUCUGUGGUCCAGUUAGCAUAUAUGACUGAUUACCUUAUUUUUCAACGUGCUUUCUCAGAGUCCUAAGAAGGUCAACUUGGUUGCUGCUUUGGUUCGUGGUAUGCUGGUUAAAGAUGCAUUGCUGCAAUUGCAAGUGACAGUAAAGCGAGCUUCAAGAACUGUAUAUCAGGGUAUUACUCAAGCCCAAGGAAAUGCCGUAAAUAAUCAUGGAUUGGAUGCAGAGCGCCUCAUUGUUGCUGAAGCGUUUGUUGGAAAAGGAUUAUUCCGGAAGAAAGUUUCUUACCAUUCCAAAGGAAGAGCCGGCAUCAAAGUCAAACCGGAAUGCCGGCUAACAGUUGUAGUAAGAGAAAUAACCGCCGAAGAAGAGGCGAAGAUUGCGAGGUUGAAGGUUCACAAUUUCCGCAAGCUCACGAAGCGUGAGAAACGGCUUGUGCCGCAUCAGCUUAUUGUGUCCAAUCCUGUUUGGGGCCGCAAAAACAAAUCUAGCGAUCGAAACUCGAGUGCCACUGCUGCAUGAGCUUCUUAAAUAUUUCAGAGUUUCAAAAUAGUUGUUUAAUGGUUGUGGCAUAUUCUUGUUAUCCAUCUUCAUGUGAUAGAAAUAGUUGUUAAGAAAUAUCCUGGCUAGUUUCACAUCGAGAGUAACUCCAAAUGUUAGGAUAUGUAUGGAGAAAUUUGUCUACCCCUUAAUUCUAAGGUGGUUACUCCAAUGAAGACAUUGUGAACUGUUAGAUAGUUUAAUAUAUUUGAUUGAACUAUUUGACGGUUCAUAAUAUCAUUUUCACAAAAAUCCUUUUAUGGAAACAGCCAUCUCAUUCGAAUAAUAAAAUUGUGUUUGAACAA